AUGGCUAUGGUGAUGUGGACGAUUUGGCAUCAACGCAACCAACUCCGAGUUAGUUCAAAUGUUUUUCCCAAAGCACAAGUUCUUCAACAAGCUACCCAGUCUUUGGCCACCUUCCAACAGAGCCAACAAUCCCUCAUUCAGCCAUCUGCAACCUCUCGACCUCAGCCCCGUGCUCAUUGGAGUCCGCCUCCUUCGAAUUGCCUUAAACUGAACUUUGAUGGAGCUGUUUUUCGGGAGUUUGGCAAGGUUGGUCUGGGGGUGGUAGUUCAUGAUUGUCAAGGAAAUGCGAUAGCCUCGUGGUCAAAACAAGCCCCUUUACCAUUUUCUUCAGACAUAGUGGAAGCCAUGGCAGCAACAAGGGCGAUGACCUUUGCACAGGAACUUGGUAUUGCAGAAUUUAUACUCGAAGGAGAUUUGGAAGUAGUGAUAAACUCUCUUCGAAGCAAGGAAGCCUCGCUAUCUUCUUUUGGCCAUCUUGAGUCAGCUAAGUCCACUCUAGUUUCUAGUAAAUAUAUUGCCUUCUCCCAUGUUCGUAGAAUUGGUAAUAAAGUAGUCCAUAACCUAGCUAGACAUGCAAGAUUGUCAGAGGUUUGUCGGUGUGGGUGGAGGAUGUUCCACCACACCUAG